CGUUCAGUCAGCCAAGGUCCCAGAGUGCCCUGCGGCGGUCAACGAGAGCAGAUCCAGUGACUCACAUCCGCCGCGCUAACUCUUUGCUCGCUCUCUACUUGCACACGCUUACACCCGGCUCGAGAUGGCGGCGGCAGCGGCGGGGGACUCCGACUCCUGGGACGCGGACACGUUCUCCGUGGAAGACCCGGUGCGGAAGGUGGGGGGCGGCGGCACCGCCGGCGGGGACCGCUGGGAAGGCGAGGACGAGGACGAGGACGUCAAGGAUAACUGGGAUGAUGAUGAUGAUGAUGAAAAAAAAGAAGAAGCAGAAGUAAAACCAGAAGUAAAAAUUUCAGAAAAGAAAAAAACAGCAGAGAAGAUAAAAGAGAAAGAACGGCAGCAGAAGAAAAGGCAAGAAGAAAUUAAAAAGAGGUUAGAAGAACCUGAAGAACCUAAAGUGCUAACACCAGACGAACAAUUAGCAGAUAAACUGCGGCUAAAGAAAUUACAGGAAGAGGCAGACCUCGAAUUAGCGAAAGAAACUUUUGGUGUUAAUAAUACAGUUUAUGGAAUAGAUGAUAUGAACCCAUCUUCAAGGGAUGACUUCACAGAGUUUGGUGUUAAUAAUACAGUUUAUGGAAUAGAUGAUAUGAACCCAUCUUCAAGGGAUGACUUCACAGAGUUUGGUGUUAAUAAUACAGUUUAUGGAAUAGAUGCUAUGAACCCAUCUUCAAGGGAUGACUUCACAGAGUUUGGAAAGUUACUAAAAGAUAAAAUUACACAAUAUGAAAAAUCACUAUAUUAUGCCAGUUUUUUGGAAGCCUUAGUUCGAGAUGUGUGUAUUUCAUUGGAAAUUGAUGACUUGAAAAAGAUUACCAAUUCAUUGACUGUACUUUGCAGUGAAAAACAAAAGCAAGAAAAGCAAAGCAAAGCCAAAAAGAAGAAGAAAGGUGUGGUUCCCGGAGGGGGAUUAAAGGCUACCAUGAAAGAUGAUCUGGCAGAUUAUGGUGGUUAUGAUGGAGGAUAUGUACAAGAUUUUGAAGACUUCAUGUGACGUUUUAUCUUCUCCUGGUGUCUUCUUUCUGUUGCCCACAAUCCCUUCAACAUGUAGCACAACUUCCUUUCCUUUCAGUUCUGCCAAAUGCUACAAUCAGAAGUGCAGUAUCUUUUGUGCUGGUUAUUAACCCCUUGACACUUAGGUGCUAAUGUGCAAAUGAGGGAACUUGGAUCUUGCUGCCAAGGGGUUAAAAUUGGGAACCUCCAUUGCUACUAAAUCAUAGUUUAAAAAACAGACCUAAUAAUGUUGUUGCUAUCUGAUUCCAUAGCAGCAGUCACUAAAUUGGAAACAAAGGUUGCAACAUGACAAAAAAUUGUGUAGUAUUUACCAGCACCAUUCAGUAAUACAGCCUUAACCAUACCUCCUUGAACUACUUCAUAACUUGUCAAGAAAAGCAGUCUGCUGCAAGGGCAUGUGGUGUGCACCUAGUAUUAAAGUUGCUUUGUCUUAAAAUUGAGCGUGAGGAUAUUAAAAAUACAUUGUGAAGAAGACUGCUUAUCUCAGAGUGAAGAUACGGCGGCUGAAAAGCACUAGUUUGAUACUUAAAAAUUAAAUGACCAAAACCCUCCAACUUGGAAGCUGAAGAAGGUAAACCUCUCCAUUAUUGCACUACCAAGUUGUGGAAUCUCUUGAAUGCUAGACUGUCUAGUUUCUAUUUAUCAGACUAUUCUACUGCUGGAGUGCUUCAGAUGGGGGAGGGAAACUCCUUACCUAUUUUAUUUGUCUGAUUUAAGUGUCUGAGAAACAAAUCUCCUUUGUUCUCUGAGGCUGCAGUGGAUCAGCUUUAACAGGGUUUUGGCAUUUCCUUUCCUUUAUAAAACGUGUUUAGCAAACUGCGCCACUUAACUACAGUUUGGUAAAUUGUUAUGUUAACAAUUAUGACAUCUGCAAUGUUUUAUAAAGCAACUAAUUUAAUAAAGUCACUAUUGUGAGGA